GACGAAUCUUGUCGAACGCAAACAACGGGAAAUUCAGUUUGAAGCUUGAAACUGCUGUCAGGCAGACUCGUCUAAAAACUGCUUUGUUUGAUCACAGGUCUUUUGCUGACAAUGGCAACAGCUGGUCAGGUGAUCCGGUGUAAAGCAGCUGUUGCCUGGGAACCUGGGAGGCCUCUGUCUGUUGUGGAAGUGGAAGUGGCCCCACCUAAAGCUCAUGAAGUCAGGAUCAAGGUGGUUGCCACGGGGGUGUGUCACACGGACUGGGAAUGCCUGUACGAGGCUCGGAAAGGGACGAUUUUAAGGCGGUUCCCUUUAGUGCUYGGCCACGAGGCGGCGGGAAUAGUGGAGAGUGUCGGCCCAGGAGUCACCACAUUUUCCCCUGGGGAUAAAGUCAUUCCUCUUUUUCUGCCAUUCUGCAACAACUGCCAACUGUGUCACAGUUCCAAAACAAACCUCUGCAAGACAAACUGGGCGAACACACAAUCAGGUGUUUUGGCUGAUGGCACAAGCAGGAUAUCUUGCAAUGGGCAGCAGAUCUAUCAGUUCCUUGGUGUCAGCUCCUUCUGUCAGUACACGGUGGUUCCUGAGACAUCGGUUACAAAAAUAAGACCUGACGCGCCGCUGGAUAAAGUCUGUCUGCUUGGCUGCGGCGUCUCCACCGGUUAUGGGGCUGCAAUUAAUGCAGGCAAGGUCCAAAAGGAUUCGUCGUGCAUCGUGUUUGGGCUGGGAGCUGUUGGUCUGGCUGCCAUCAUGGGCUGCAAGGCAUGUCACGCCAAAACCAUCAUCGGGGUCGACAUUAACCCUGAGAAGUUUGAGAAAGCCAAGCAGUUUGGGGCCACUCGUUGUAUCAACCCGAGAGAUCACAGCAAGCCCAUCCAGGAGGUUCUGGUGGAGAUGAGUAACGGAGGAGUGGACUACGCUCUGGAGUGUGUUGGAAGUCCAGCCAUUAUGAGCGCAGCACUGGACUCCACGACAGAAGCCGGCGGCACCUGCGUCAUUGCCGGAUGGACGGAGACAGAAUCAAUAAACGUUCAGGUUAUCAAGCUCCUGAUGGGACGCACCCUGACCGGAACUUAUUUUGGAGGCUGGAAGAGUGUAAAGGACGUUCCUAAACUCGUGGAAAAGUACAUGAACAAGGAGUUGCAGCUGGAUGAGUUUAUCACUCACAACAUGCCACUGGAUCAGAUCAAUGAGGCCUUUGAGCUUCUGAAAAAYGGUAAAAGCAUUCGUACUGUCAUCAGUCUUUAAGACUUUCAAGAGGAGGAUAAACCAAACAAAUGACUUCUUUUUUGUCAUAAAUAAAAAAUAAAAUAAAUAGUUGUGAAACAUAAUCUUAAUUGCUCUGUGGAUGACACCCAGCUGUAGAUUUCCAUCAAAYCUACCUCCUGUCAUCGCUCCACCUCCCUUUUGUGAAGGAAAAUCAAAACCUGGUUCCACAAACUCAGCAGUGAUAAAACAAAUUUGACAGUUUUCACUUAUUGAUAACUCUGUCGUCCAUUUSUACCCUCAAGUUAAGAGUCUGGGUGUCAUCGCCCUGUCUUUUUCAGCACAUGUCAGUAAUAAAUUUUGGUCUGCAUAUUUCCACCUCUGUAACAUUACCCGCCUCUGUUCGUCCCUCACAACCAGCAGCACUGUCCCUUCAAUAACUUCAGUUGCUCCAGAACUCUGCUSCAUGCAUCCUUACCAAAACUCCCGUUUUUAACCACAACUCCUGUUCUUCAACAACUUCAAUGACUUCCUAAUAAAUUUUGCAUCAAUUGUAAAAUCCUGCUUCUCACUUUUAAGGCUAUUCCCUUCUUUACCCUUCAGUAUCUUUCUGGUCUUUUUACACAUCACCCAGCUGUACUCUUAGGUCUUCAUCUUCCAUUUUCCAAGCAGAUUAUGUAAACAAAAUUUCCAUUUUUUAAUGGACAAUAAAGUUUUAUUUUAUCUUA